AUGCACUUACUCAUUCCUCUUGCUCUUAUCGUCUAUAGUCUCCAGCAUCACCGCUCUCCCUGGCCAGUUAAAAUUGCCAUAACUCCACCACCCAUAUACCUCCUUUCACUUUUCGAUUCGAAUGACAGCAACAGCUGUAUUCUCGACCAGAUUCCUCUGCAAAAAUUUGACAUUCGAAUUUUUUCGCUUGUCCUCUUGUCAUUCUUCCCCUCGUUGCUAUUUUCAAAAAAUGUUUUUUCUCAAGAGUUUUCUACGCCAUCACCCGAUUUCUUUCUCCUUCACCGCUGCUUUUUCCAUUUUGUCCCGUUUUUUUUUUUGAUUCUCUUUCUUUAUUGUAUUAUAAUUCUUUGUUCUUCUUUUUUCUUUUCUUCAUUUUCUUUUUUCUUCUUUUUCUUCCUUUUCUUCUUCUUUUUCUUGUUUUUCGUCUUCUUCCUUUUUCUUUUCUUCUUUUUCUUUUCUUCAUUUUCUUCUUUUUCUUUUUUUACUUCUUUUUCUUUUACUUUGUCUACUUUUUCUUCUAAAUUUUCUUUUUCUUUUUUUCCUUCUACUUCUUCAUUUCCUCCGACUGCUCCCUUAUUGCUUUCUUUCUGA